AUGGGACGAGCUAAGUUGAAUAUGCAUCUCAUAAGUGGCGAGAAGUCUAGAUUAACAACUUUUCAAAAAAGGAAGAAGGGUUUGAUAAAGAAAGCAUACGAGCUUCAAACUCUUUGCUCAGUCGAUGUUUGUUUGAUCAUCUACCACCCGGAAACAUGUGAAUCCCUCUCGAAGCAUCCUGAAAUAUGGCCUUCCGACAGCGAAAAGGUGGGAAGAAUGAUCGAGUCUUAUAAUAGACAACCGAUUGACGAUCAAAAGAGGAGGACCAAUGACUUGUUGUUUUACUUCGAGGAUCGCAACAAGAAAGUUGAGGAUGCACUUGUGAAGUUGAGAAAGAAGAACAACGAGAUUCUAUAUCCGACUUGGGGAGAAAGGUACGCCAAUUAUAGCGAGGAUGAAUUGAGGAAUAUAGCUAGUGUCUUGCAAACCAAGUUUGAUGAAGUUAGGGUUAAGGUUAACAUGAUGAAGAAUAUAGAUGAAAAUAAUGAUCUCCAACUUGGAUUUCUACCGCAAGACCAAUCUUCUCCCUACCUUAUAAAUGAAGCCAUGUUAGGGUUUUUCCGCGAUUCCUUGAACUCCAUGAACUACAUGACUCCACAACCAAUGAUGCUAUCGAACAACAACAACAACAAUGACUAUUAUGGCCAAAGUUUUUGUAACCAAACCGAUAACUUUUCUCCCACUUAUUCCUAUACAAAUCCUCAGACAAUACCUUAUCCCAUGGUUAGUCCCGAUGUUUAUUGCUCUCCUUUAGGGUACCCUGGUCCAACAAUGCCACAAACGUUGGAGACAAGUUUUAUGCCAUGUGGGUCUUUUCAAGGUUAUAAUAUGGAAUUUGCACCUCCCAUUAAUAACAACGGGUAUAGUAAUGUCAUGAAUGGUUUUUAUUAUGGGAGUAGUAGCAAUGGAUCAAGAUUUCAAAACUGA